UCCAAAAAGACCACUGCGCAUCAAUAUACAUCUCGACACCUCAAUUAGCACCACUCCAGAGUGAGCCUCGCCCUAGGUGCCUACACGCCCUUUCUAUCAGUCCUCGCCUCCUUUCUGGGCCCACGACGAGCAAUAACAUCCCUCCGGCUUCUGCGCGUGUCAAAAUGCUAAAUCUCUCCUCCCUCCAACCACGGCAACUCGCCGCACAAGUCCUCAACUUUGCCCUCGUCCUCUCGACCGCAUUCAUGCUCUGGAAAGGGCUCAGUGUAGCAGCAGACUCACCUUCCCCGAUCGUCGUCGUAUUAUCUGGUAGCAUGGAGCCUGCAUUCCAGCGCGGCGACUUACUAUUUCUGUGGAACCGCGGCGUGGACACACAAGUUGGCGAGAUCGUGGUAUAUAAUGUCAAGGGAAAGGAUAUUCCUAUUGUGCAUCGGGUGGUGAGAAGGUUUGGUGGCGGAGAGGAACCGUUACAAUUACUUACAAAGGGAGACAACAAUAUGGCAGAUGACGUAGAGUUAUAUGCGAAGGGUCAGAGCUUGUUGAACCGGGAAGAGGAUGUGAUUGGGAGUGUAGUGGGCUUCAUACCGUUUGUGGGAUAUGUGACGAUAUUGCUAAGUGAAUACCCGUGGCUGAAGUCUGUGAUGCUGGGGAUCAUGGGAUUGACUGUCGUACUGCAGAGAGAAUGACGAGUUGAAGAAACAGGAUUCAUUGCAGGCGUCAUAAUUUAGGGAAAGCAGGUCAUGUCGAAUCGUCGUCGUUGGAACGGAGGCUCAUAUUGCUGGGAUGAAACCCUAUUGGAGGCUGAUCAUGUAUGACUUGUAUUCUCAUGAACAUAACCAGUUCCGCCAUAGUAUUGCUUAAUCCCCCUUUAUCUACGACGUUGAGAUCAACCAUUAUAUUCAGCGCCCAGAUUCAAAACAUAGUUAUCGGGAGAUGCUCU